AGGAGGCCCCCAGCAGAGGCACCUGGCUUAGGGGUGAUGCCCGUUUGAAGGGGAGUGCGUGGCCCAAGCGUGAGGAUGGGUGGGGAAGGCGGUGAUACGGCAGAGCAGGGAGAAGCUGGUGAGGAGGAAGAGGGGGGUCAGAUCAUGGGGGUCGCUCCAGCGCCUCCCCUCCAGCAGAACGGCUGCCUCCCGGGCGGCGAGGCUGAGCGCAGCAGCAGCUGCACUCCUUUGGUCACUGAGAGUGAUGUGGAGCUUGGGAAAGGCGACGCUGCUCAGGAGCAUCCUGAGGGAGAGGCCAUGCUGUCCUCGGCUACGUCUGGAGUGAAGCUGACCCCUCGGCUCUCCAAGCGCAGGCUGGUGGUCCUGGCUGUCUUCAGCUUGUACUCGCUGGUGAACGCCUUCCAGUGGAUCCAGUACAGCAUAUUGACCAGUAUCUUUACGCAUUACUAUGAUGUCUCCAAUGCUCAAAUCGACUGGCUCUCCAUGGCAUAUAUGGUGGUGUACGUUCCCCUUAUCCUUCCUGCCACUUGGCUGCUGGACACUUACGGCCUCCGCCUCACUGCCUUGCUGGGAUGUGGACUCAACUGCCUGGGUGCUUGGAUUAAGUGUGCCAGCGUCCAGCGAAACCUGUAUCCUGUCACACUGGUGGCUCAGAUUGUGUGCUCUGUAGCCCAAGUCUUUAUUUUGGGGCUGCCCUCACACAUUGCCUCUGUCUGGUUUGGGCCCAAGGAAGUGUCCACUGCUUGUGCUGUAGCUGUUCUGGGCAACCAGUUAGGCACAGCAAUUGGCUUCUUAUUGCCACCGGUUUUAGUCCCAAAUACAGUUGAUGACCUGGAACUCAUGGGACAUAACAUCCGUAUAAUGUUCUAUGGCACAGCAGCAGUAUCCACACUCCUACUUUUAUUAACAGCACUUGUGUUUAAGGAAAAACCCAAAUAUCCUCCAAGUCAAUCUCAGGCUGUACUGGUGGAUGUAUCUCCAGAUGACUACUCUUAUAAGCAGUCGGUAAUCAACUUGUUCAGAAAUUUUCCUUUUGUUCUUUUGCUGAUAAGUUAUGGAAUUAUGACUGGGAUCUUUUAUUCAGUCUCAACUCUACUAAACCAAAUGAUAGUAACUCAUUAUGUGGGAGAAGAAGUAAAUGCAGGGAGGAUUGGACUGACCCUUGUUGUAGCUGGAAUGGUGGGCUCAAUUAUUUGUGGCUUGUGGCUCGAUCACACCAAAACAUACAAGCAAACUACACUAAUUGUGUAUAUCCUCUCAUUUGUUGGGAUGGUUGUAUUUACAUUCACCUUGGAUUGUGGACAUCUUAUAGCUGUAUUUGUGACUGGUGGUGCACUUGGCUUCUUCAUGACUGGUUAUCUCCCUCUUGGUUUUGAAUUCGCUGUGGAAAUUACAUACCCAGAAUCAGAAGGUACCUCAUCAGGGCUUCUGAAUGCUUCAGCACAGAUAUUUGGAAUUAUUUUUACACUGGUUCAAGGAAAACUUACAACAGAUUACAAUCCCCGUGCUGGAAAUAUUUUUGUCUUUGUGUGGAUGUUUAUAGGUAUCAUUUUAACAGCUUUAAUCAAAUCUGAUUUGCGACGGCACAAUGUGAAUGCAGGAAUUACAACUGUCGACAUUAAAUCUGUGCCAGUUGAUACUCCUACAGAAGAUGAACAGAAUAUACUUGCAACAAAAAACCAGUCUGAAUCAAAAAUUUAAAAUGGAGAAAAAUGCUAGAGGUUCCAGAUUUCCAGUUACAUGAAGCAGAAGCAAUUUGAUGAAUAAUCACAAGAACUCUAAAGCCAUGUAAUAAUCAUGCAGUACUGCUUAUGUAUGAACUAAGUAUACACAUACACUCUGCUAAGGACAUAUUUUAUCUUUAUGGUGGCUAGUUACAGUGACAAUUUUCAACUUUUAAAAAAGUUGAAACUGAUAAAAGAUUCCCAGGAAUCGGCUAUUCCUUUUUGGAAGCUGUGUACUUUCAGAGAAUGCAGUAAAGCAACUUGAGUGUUAAGGCAACUGAUAAAUAGGUUCUAAUUAAAAUCAGCACAACUGACUAAUCCACAUAUUGAAACCUUAUAUGAAGUGCGUGCACUGAAUAGAUUGAUGUAAAUUAAAGGGUUUUCUUUUUAACUUUUUAU